CCCCAUCCAGUCCUGCAUGGUGUCCCUGGAUGAGAUGCCAGGUCCCCAUAAACCCGCAGCCAACAGCAGAAUCACUGACAGUCCAUGUUGACGGCGGCACAGCACCGAUUGUCAUCUGUCUGGUGGCGUGUGCGUAUGGGCUGGAGCAAAGCAACCAUUUACUUGUGUUGGUCGCACAGUGCUUCUGCCGACUGUGCGUGUGCAGCCUGCUCGUUUCACCAAACUGCAGCUGUCCGGUGGCUUUUGUUUCUCUUACCUCACUCUUGUCCAUGUUGUAUGGAAUCGGUCUUGCCAUUAGUAACACCUGGAUGAGCCCGUCCAUCCACCUCUCGGCUUGCUUCGGAGCACUGCGAUGCCAUGACGAGUCGGGCUUCCAGCAGGGUCCCUCCUCGACAAAGAUGGGCACGACUCCAGCCUGCAUUGUCUGCCUUCAUGGAUGCCCAUUCUUUCAUCUACUGCCACCCCCAUCCUUUGCAGACAGAAACGAUGCCCUUCGUUUUGACCAGAGCCAGUCCGGCCCCGAGGUCCUGCAUCAAGUCUGCUUGGAAAAUUCCCUUAUCUUGGUUUCCUACGCCAACUGAAACCAGAGAAAGAAUUCUGGCAUUACAAAAGUAACCGCCGCCGCCGGCACUACCAAAGGCCAAGACACCGAAAAUGCCUACUGCCAUCCCACCGCAGGGUUCUGGGAAUGGCAUCACCAAGUUCACCAACUGCCGCCUUGUGCUCGGCGACUGCCUUGUCGCCCAAGACCUCUGGGUCAGCUCAGUCACGGGCAAGAUCGUGCACCCUCAGGCCGCCUUCUACGAUGACUUGAUCGUCCCUAGCCAUGUCGUCGACCUUGGCGGCCGCAUCGUGUCUGCUGGCCUCAUCGACAUCCAGCUCAACGGCGCGUUUGGUUUCAAUUUCUCCACACUCUUUCCCGACAUGUCACAGUACAGGAAGAAGGUCAGGCAACUCAACAGGGAGUUGGCGACAACGGGAGUCACAUCCUACGUGCCGACGGUCACGAGCCAGACGAGCACGCUCUACCGCAGCGUGCUUCCCUUUCUCGGCCCCCCUGCCGGCCCCCAGCGCGCCGAGGAUGGAGCCGAGUCCCUCGGUGCCCAUGUCGAGGGCCCCUUCCUCAGCCCGACCAAGAACGGCGUCCACAACGUGGACGUUCUGAGAGAGGCCAGGAGCGUCGAGGACCUUGAGGACAUGUACGGCGCGGAAAACCUCAGGCCGGCAGCCUCGGGAAGGCCGCUUCCGAUCCGCAUGAUCACCGCCGCUCCCGAGGUAGGCCGCAUGGCGGAGCUGAUCCCAGCGCUGCGCGAGCGAGGGGUCAUUUACUCGAUCGGCCACUCCGAGGCCACGUACGAGCAGGCCUCCACGGCCGUUGCCGCCGGCGCCACCAUGAUCACGCACCUGUUCAAUGCCAUGCGUCCGCUGCACCACCGCAACCCCGGCAUCUUCGGCGUCCUGGGAAUGGCCGAGAGCCUCCCGCGGCCGUACUUUGGCAUCAUCGCCGACGGAAUCCACUUGCACCCAACCACCAUCAAAAUCGCCUUCAACGCGCACCCCGAAGGCUUCAUCCUAGUCACGGAUGCGAUGCACCUUGUCGGCCUCCCGGACGGAACUUAUGACUGGACCAAUGGCGACAACUGUAGUAAGAUUGUCAAGACCGGCUCCGUUUUGAAACUGGAGGGGUCAGAAACUAUUGCUGGAAGCUCCAUAACACUCAUCGAGUGCGUGUCCAACUUCCUCACAUGGAGCGGCUGCACCAUCCCCCAGGCCCUGAACGCAGUGACCGCCACGCCCGCGUCCCUCCUGGGGCUGCGGGGGGUAAAGGGCAGCCUGCUGCCCGGGGCCGAUGCGGAUCUCGUGGUUCUGUCCGAGAUCACGCAGCCGGACUCUCGACAGCUUGUUGUUGACGAGGUCUGGAAAUUCGGGGCGCGGGUGCACCUCCGAGAAGAAUCCUCGUCAGGCUCAUCAACCGCCUCGUCUUCAUCAAACUCCUACAUGUAGGCGAUAGGCGCCCCAUUUGGGCGAGCCUUUUCUUUUCUAUAUUGCAACCUCUCAUUUGUCUUCAGAUUGGCACUGCUAGAAUCGAGAACCUCCAUAGCCAUACAUUCCAUUCACGGUUUGUUUCCCGA